CAGUAAACUCAUCGCCAUGGCUGUGCAGAUUGCGUCUGGUAUGAAGUACCUGUCCUCUCUCAACUUUGUGCACCGUGAUCUGGCGACCCGUAACUGCCUGGUGGGGAAGAACUACACCAUAAAGAUCGCUGACUUUGGCAUGAGCAGGAACCUCUACAGAGGGGACUACUACAGGAUCCAGGGCCGCGCCGUGCUGCCCAUCCGCUGGAUGUCCUGGGAGAGCAUCCUGCUGGGGAAGUUCACCAUGGCCAGUGACGUGUGGGCCUACGGUGUGACUCUGUGGGAGAUCCUGACUCUGUGUAAGAAGCAGCCGUACUCCCAGCUCUCUGACGAGCAGGUCAUCGAGAACACAGGAGAGUUCUUCAGGGACCAGGGCAAGCAGGUGUACCUGCCGAAGCCUCUGUGUUGUCCGGACAGAGUUUACAAUGAUCUGAUGCUGAGCUGCUGGAGGAGGAACGCCAAGCAGAGGCCAAGCUUCCAGGAUAUCCACACUCAGCUGAUGGAGAGCCUGGCGUAGCAAAUGCAACACAUCAUCCCUCCGCCAUGCACUGUCCCUGCAGUCUGGAUUUAUUUGGAAUGACUUUCGUCUCGCUCAUCAAAUGUUGUCCAUCUUUUUUUAAAACCGGUUAGCCACAAUAGCGCUGUAAAUAACAAGAUAAGAGAACAAGCUAUUAACUUGAACAAAGCUUUAUAUUGUAGAUAUCAUAUAUAUUAGCACUAUUCACUCCUUUGUGUAUUUAUUUUAAUUUCUUUUGAUUUUCUAUUUCUAUUUAUAGAGUACUCUACCGUAAUCCUAUAGAUUUUAUUUUGAUUCUUUUUCUAAUCUAAUUCUAUUGCACAUUUAUUAGAGGAUGUCAAUACAGGUGGGAUUUUGAUGAAUGUUUAUAUUUAUGCUUUGUAAUUUGAAGGUGAACAAAUUACAUUAUAAUUAUGGUAAUAUUGUUUUUACUCCGCAGCUGUUCAGACAUGUUUUAUAAACAUGUUAAAGACUUUUGCAGAAAGUGUAUAUUUCUUUGAAUAGUAGCAAAGAGUAAACCAAAGUCAAACCA